CUCAUCUAGUGUCGUCACAUCCGGUGCGCGCUGUUUCAGCUCCCUGCUGCUCUAAGGCUCUUUCCGGUUGUCGUGCUGCCGUUCUUUCCGUUCACCGGAGAUGGCUCGAAAUGCAGAGAAGGCCAUGACGGCCUUGGCGAGGUUUCGCCAGGCUCAGCUGGAGGAGGGGAAAGUCAAGGAAAGGAGGCCGUUCCUCGCGUCCGAGUGCAGCGAGCUGCCCAAGGCUGAGAAAUGGAGACGACAGAUCAUCGGAGAGAUAUCAAAGAAAGUGGCUCAGAUUCAGAACGCUGGUCUUGGUGAAUUCCGAAUAAGGGAUUUAAACGAUGAAAUCAAUAAACUGAUCAGAGAGAAGGGUCAUUGGGAAGUCCGCAUCAAAGAGCUCGGUGGUCCGGAUUAUGCGCGCAUUGGCCCCAAGAUGCUGGAUCAUGAAGGGAAGGAGGUGCCAGGGAACCGGGGUUAUAAGUACUUUGGAGCAGCUAAAGAUUUGCCUGGUGUCCGAGAGCUGUUUGAGAAAGAACCUGCUCCUCCUCCCCGCAAGACACGAGGUGAACUGAUGAAAGAGAUCGAUGCCGAGUAUUACGGCUAUCGAGACGAGGAUGACGGAGUCUUAGUGCCUUUGGAGCAAGAAGAAGAAAAGCGAGCCAUCGCAGCAGCUGUGGACAAAUGGAAGAUGGAGAAGGAAGCUCGUCUGGCAACUGGAGACAAGAAUGAAGAGGAGGAGGACGUGAACAUCUAUGCAGUGAAGGCUGAUGAGUCUGGAGAGGACAGUGACAUUGAGAUGGCCGGAGAAGAGGGGCAGCAGAGGUUCAUCGCCCACGUCCCGGUCCCGUCUCAGAAAGAGAUCGAGGAAGCUCUGAUACGGAGAAAGAAGAUGGAGCUUUUGCAGAAAUACGCCAGCGAGGCACUAAUGGCGCAGAGCGAGGACGCCAAGCGGCUUUUAGGAAUAUAAGUUUAAAAAUGCACGGACUCUGUAAAUUUGUCGGAUUUUGUUAUAUUUUGUACAGAAGAAUUUCUUGGGGAAAUACACGCCUGUUUUCGUA